GCCAGAGGGAAGGAUCGGGAGGCUACAUCAGCUGUGUUUACAUAUUACUGCUGCACGUGCUGUAUGGUCUUUAACACCUUAUAAUUCCCUCUACCCGCAGCCCACCACCUUGCUAUACAUACUGUAGGCUCUGCAAGGUGAGCUGGUGACCCUCUGCUAGUGAAAUCUGCUUGGUGCCCUCUGGAACACCGCAAAAAUACAACAGUAGCGUUCUUCGUCACACCAUAAAUUUUUUGGAGAGAUGAACACUGCCCACCUCAGCCUGGCCCCAGAACACACACCACUAUGGAAGGAGAACUCCUGGCUCUAAGGUGGAACAAUCAUCUGUCAACCUUUGCGUCGCUUCUCUCAGACCUCCGCAAUGAGGAAACGUACUCAGAUGUCACCAUUGCGUGUGGCGGGAGGCUGUACCCGGCCCACAAGUUUGUGCUCUCUGCCUGCAGUGAAUACCUCAGGGUCAUGCUGUGUGCCCACCCCAACAAGCACCCCAUCCUCUAUCUGAAGGAUGUGCCAAAGGAAGACCUGGAGGCGAUUCUGGACUACAUGUACGCAGGGACAGUGAAGGUGGCACACUCCAGCCUUGCCUCACUGCUGCACACUGCCGAGGGACUCCAGGUCAAGGGCUUGAUCAUCCCAGAACACUUCCGUGGCACUCCCUCCACUAAACCCCUCCAUCCUGGAAUCAAAAGGAAGAGCACUGAGGAGGAGAGCCAGUCCAGCACCUCAGCCAACUCCCCACAGAAGCAAGCCAAGAGAGGUGCCCCAGACUCCCCCUCUGAGGCACCCCACUCUGAAGAGCCAACAGAGAGUGGAAGACUGUCCCGAGAGGAGAGUCAAGAGGAGGAGCAUUGUGGGCAGGAAUGUCAGCCCAGCAGCCUUCCUCUUGGUGGCUGGGGGUACCGUGGGCUGGGCUAUCCACCAUGGUACCAGGGGCAUAAUGGACAAGACCAGCUCCUUGGUAAUGUGUAUGGCGACCGUCCAAUCAAGGAAGAACCAGCGGAUGAUGAGGACAAGGAGGAAAAACAGGAUGCCGGGGAGGACAAUGAGACACAAGAGAACCUGAAAGAUGUGGAGGAAGAGGAGGAGUUUGAGGGCUUUGAGGACAGUGCUGAGGGUUGUGCCAUGAAGCAGAAGGAGGAGGAGGAGGACGAGGAUAUCAAUGAGGAGAGUAGAGAGGGAGAGUCGACCCAAGAGAACCCAUCAACGAAGGAUCCCAAUCUUGCAAGCUUCCUGGAGGUGAUGUGCACCGAGAACACCAACGACAACUCCAGCGAUAUGAAGGAGCACCGGGAGGCCUUCCACUUUGACGACUCCUCCAUGAUGUCUAACGGCCAGCGGGAAGGCUCCUCUCGCAUCAACGCCCAACAGUGCCCCUUCUGCCUCAAGCUGCUCACCACACGGUCCAACCUCCAGCGUCACAUUGCCACUCACCACACCCGUCAGUCCUUCACCUGUCCCACCUGUGAGAAGACCUUCACUCGUAAGGACAGGCUGACAGAACACGUGAAGCUGCACACAGGUGAGGCGCCAUACACCUGUGAUGAGUGUGGCAAGAACUUCUCCAGGCGUGACAACCUCAAUGUGCACAGACGAACACACACAGGUGAGCGUCCAUACUCCUGUGACGUGUGUGGCAAGACCUUCUCCCGCAAGGAAUACAUUGGUGAACACAUGGCAGUUCACUCGGACUACAAGCGUUUCUCCUGCCGGUGGUGCAGCAAGGAGUUCAAGCACAAGCAGAGCCUCCGCCACCACAUCAAGAGCGCCCACGACUCAGCCAAGAUGAGCGAUGAGGCCACACAGAGCGCCCCACCCCUUCUCAUGCAACUCAAUUUCUCGGAUGAAAAUGUGUAGGUGGUGGUGAGUGUUGCCUGCUUGCCUGGUGGGUUGGUUUGCAUUGGAUGUGUUGCCAUAUUUCUGAUUAGUGUUUAUUGUCAUCAGGAUCAGUCGGUCAAUCAAAAUGUGUUGUGAUAAUCCUCCGCCUAUUUUUUUUUUCUUUUUUUUUUUUUUUUUAUCUGUGACCUUCAAAGAUGAUGAUGAUGUUAUAUAAUGUCCUCUGUAUUGUAAUCAAAACCAUUUUUCCUUUUAUGAAAUGAUUACAUAUUGUUGCUUUAAUGAAUAACUGUGUACUGUAGUAAUUUGUUUAUUGUUUUGAGGUGGAAUAUAUAUAGAGAGAUAUAUAACAGAAGUGUACUAUUAUUUUCUUAUUGUAAUUCAAGAUACCGGUAAACAAAGUCAUGAUUUUCAUCAGAUGUACGACCCAAGACCUUCACCUCUUGGUCAAGUGUAUACCUUUAGCCUGACAAUUCUCGAUGCCAUAUUUGUCACGUCUUGAAAUUGUGGGGUUCAUUGUGCCCAUUACUUGUAUAGAUGCCGAGGGAGGGGAGAGGGAAGGGCUCAGUCAGGGGGAGGGUAAGCUGUAAGGGUGAAAAUGUAUGAAGUGUUCCCAUCAUUGUCAUCCCAGUGUUCAGUGAUAGCUCAUAAAUCAAGUUGGUUUCUCACUGUAAUGUUACAAACCACCACUAGAGUCCCUGUCUCCUUAGCCCUUUCAGUACUGGAAUGCAUUUUUACCUUGAGUCUUCGGUACAAUUAGACCAUUAGGAAAGGUCUAUGGAGGUCAGAUUAGAGAGUCUUCACUAUUCUAAUCCCCACACAAGUUUCCGAAGCUGUAAAUCAUUAAAUAGUAAGCAGAACAAAUAUGAAAAUACAUCCUGGUACUGAAGGGGUUAAAUUCACUGUGUAUCACCUCAGCUGCUCACAACUAGAGUAUGAGAGGAAGGAAGGAUAGAGUAGUUAGUGGAAGACUUGAGUAGAGGCCCUCACCUUGUUGUCAGUCUUUAGUAGUUUUGUUUAAGCAAUAGCAGGGAGAGACAUCCCAUCCCUCCGUCCUUAUUCCCUCAUGGCGCCUCAGUGAUCUGUGAGGGAAGUGAUGACAACAUUAUGAGUUCCCCAGUCAGCUGCAGGAAGAGAGGGAGCAGGAGUGUGGCUCAUUGUUCAGCUGACACUGGCAACGAAAAAAUGACAAUAAGAAUAGCAUAAUGCAAAAAGGGGGAUGAAUGUGACUAUGGAACUAGUGACAACAUUAUGAAUUCCCCAGUCAGCUGCAGGAAGAGAGGGAGCAGGAGUGUGGCUCAUAUUUUAGCUGACACUAGCAACAAAAAAAAAUUACAGUAAGAAUAUCAUAAUGCAAUAAGGGGAUGAAUGUGACUGCGGAAGUGGCGACAGCAUUAUCAGCAUUAUGAGUCCCCAGUCAGUUGCAAGAAAGGGAGCAGGAGUGUGGCUCAUUUUUCAGCUGACACUGGCAACAAAAAAAUGACAAUAAGAAUGUGAAUGUGACUUUGGAGAUUGUGGACUGGGUAAAUUUACAGGGAUAGUUAAUAUUUCUUUUCAAUUGAGGUUUUUAAAAGUUUUUAUUUAAAUAGCAAGGGAAGAGAUAUUUAGAGAGAUGAACGCUUAUCUGAGAGAGCAGGGAUUUGUGGAUAUUGUGAAGGUUUAUAUGAAUUUAUUUUUAGAUUUAUGAAUUAUUUCCAAAUUUUGCAUUUUGCUUAUUUAAUGUGCCAAUCCACUUGUUUUAGGGAAGGCCAGCUGUGUGGAGACUGUUGUUAGUGUUGUUGUUGUUGUUGGUGGUGGGCAAGACUGUGACGGUGAGACGUGUGCACAGUGAUGGUGUCAUUGCAUGGUGCUACUGCCUCUGCCUCAGUGUUUCCAGUGCACUGCUUCUAUUCAUUACUCAGCAUCAGUGAAUGGAAAAUUGUAACAUUAUCCUGCACACAAACCAAAUUUUCUCUGUAUGUGAUUUUUAUUUCCAGGAUGUAGCAGUUUGUCACUCCUCAAGGGAUGAAUCUUAAAUAGUUUUAGAAUAUGAUUACAUACUUCCACUGACACUUGUGGGACACUUAUUCAAUUGAAAUUAAGUGGUGUUACUGAUAAUGGAAAUGGGGAUGAUGAUGAUGAUGACGUUGAUGGUGGUGGUAGUGGUGGUAGCGACGGUAGUGACAAUGGUGAUAUGGUGUGAUAAUGAGAGUGAUGAUAGCAGUGUUUAGGAUGAUGAUUAUGACAAUGAUGAUAACAAUAAUGAUGACCUUUCUGUGUCAUAAGUUUGCAAAUUAUUCUUGGUCAUACAUAAUCACUAUCCAUGAGAAGACUGUCCAUGAAUUCUGUAUGUCCUUCUAUAGACCACACCUGUAUAUAUGUAUCCAUAUCCUAUACGAUAAUUUUGACCAGCACACUUCAGGAAGGGAGAGCAGCGAGGUCCUCUCUUGGAGGGACUGGACACUCCUCUGCUGAGACCAUUUGUCAGACAUAUUUUGUAACGUGCACCAAGAACUGUUUUGUACAUUUUGUGCCGUGCACCAACAAAUGUUUUGUGUGGAGGCGGAAAUACUCUUGUCAGUUUGUGCUGUGUUGUCCUGUUUUAGAGACUGGGACGAGAGAGAGAGAGAGAGAGAGAGAGAGAGAGAGAGAGAGAGAGAGAGAGAGAGAGAGAGAGAGAGAGAGAGAGAGAGAGAGAGAGAGAGAGAGAAAGGAAUUAUCCAUGUGUGUAAAAUGUAUUGAUUAAUUUGUGUGUGUGUGUGUGUGUGUGUGUGUGUGUGUGUGUUUUGCUCCAGGAGACCAGAAAUGGUCUAUGCCUCAUCCUGAGGGGUUAAACAGGCAAGGUAUACAUAUAACAUAUAUGCUUCUAUCUAUACUCGUAUCCUUAUCUGUGUUUCCAUCACUAUCCUUCCCGUCUCCUCUCCCUCUCCCUCUCCUGUCUGUCUGUCUGUCUGUCUGUCUCUCAGCACAGUCUCUAGUCCUGUUUGGUUCCCUGCACAUCCCUUGCCUUCUGUUGUCUCAGGGCUGAUGAGGGUUUUUCUAUCAAGGUUUUGCUCAAGGCGUCCAUCAUGGCAAGUGUUCACUGAUGAGAUGCUUGUGUAAUUAUUAGUUUGCUGUAGAGGAGAUGAGGCCGCCACUGGAGCCAGUUAGGGAAAAAUAUCUAUUUACUGUUAAUUUCUAAUAAUCUUUAACCUUUUUUUAAGUAUAGUAUGAUGUAUAGGGAUUUUAUUGCUCCAAAAAUUAUUAUUGCUUGAUGUAUUUUUAGAUGGAAGGUAAUUAAUGCAUAUCAAAUUACCAUGUGAUGCUUUGUUAAACAGCUUUAUGUGUUAUGCAUAUAUAAUAUAUACAUAUAUAUUUAUAUAUAUAUGGAGAUCUUUCUUGUUGCUGAUUUCAUAGUUUGAAUUGUUACUUUUAGAUAAUUCUUUUUUUGCAAUAUGAAUAAUUAUGUAUGUAAUAAUAUUAAUGAUGAUAAUCAAGAGUGGUUCUGCCACAGUAAAGACACUGAUAAAAGGCAAUAUUAGCAUAAUAUAGGACUGUCUGGCUGGUGAAAUAAACAACUAAGUGGAUUUAUUUUUGCACAACUAACUCAGUCAAGUCAAAAGAGAAAAAAAAUUAUCAAUUGUAGUUGUUUAUUUCACGAUGCAUUAGUAAAUAGUCACUUUGUAUGUGGAUGCGUGUGGCGUGUGGCGCGUGGUGUGUGCCACGCAGUGCACAGACAGCCUGGUGGGCGCCGCAGCACGAGGGCGUCUGUGCUGCCGCCCUCGCCGCCACUAAUCGUUUGUUACACCUGUCUCAUUGCUGUCGUGAAAGCGUUGUCCAAUUGUCCAGGUGUUGCUUCACUUUUGUCAACAAUAUUAAUCACGUCACUGUUUUAUGUACUUUUUUACAAUGUUCUGUUGCUGUCACGUGCAUUGCCAGUGUUUCUUUUCGAUGCUCCUUGUGUUCCCCCGUUGAGUGAGUGUUGGCGGCGCGCUGGCUCACCUCAUCACAGUCUUAGAGGAACAACUCAGUCAGGAAAAUAUUAAAAAACAUUGCUAGUUUCUUUUAAUUUUUUCAGUGUUGUGCAUUUUGCUUCCAUGCAGGAAUCUGUCUGGAGUCACUGCCUACUACUUGUUUCUGUAUAUGUGACAUUUUCUUUUAUCAUUUUUACUUGCUAUUCUAAAAGUGUGUGUGCUUUUCAGCUGUCUGGUUCAUAGCAUAAUUGUUCUGCAAGUAACAUGGCAUUUAGAUUGCUGUAUAGAAUUGCUCAAGGACUAUAACAUGGAAAUAAGAAAAGGGAGCAUUGUAUACCUGCUGUGCACUACUAGCAAUACAAAUACUUCAAUGCAGUGUGUGUAUAUGUGAUUCUCGCUAGUGUUACAAGGGAUGGAAAGGACAAACAAAGCUGCUUGGGAAGAAAGUCCAUUGCAAUUAAGAUUACUGAAAUAGAUAAAUUUGUGAAGCAACAUAGAGGAAAGUCAGAGCAAGGAACAUCUGGCUUUUUUUGUUUUAGUGUACUUGUGAUGAUAAUGAUGAUGAUGAUGAUGAUUCUGUGAUUUGUGGUGAUUAAGAAGGAAAACAACAUCCCCAAAGCGAGUCACACACACAAAAAAAGCUGAGAUCUGAAGUGAGAACAUUCUUGUCUUUUUUUUUAAUAUGUAUUUGUGACAAUCCGUCUCUCCCUCCGUCCGAAUGCUUGUUUGAUCUUUUUUGACGAGAAGUAAAGAAAAAAAGAUGAAAACGCUAACCUAAAUAGACCAAAUUCUCUCCUUUCUGAAUUUUUUUUGAUAUAUUUUCUGCUCUUCUAGUAACACGUAGAAAACACCCAGUCUUGGCCCGUAAAGAAGUAAUAAUAGAAAACAGCACUGCCACUCUAUCAAAAAUGUGCAGAUUAUAAUAGAGGGUGGACACUGAACACUGUUGCAUUCACUGCCUGCAACGUUUAGCCCCUUUGAAUCCCCUCUCAAAACUCAUAAGGGUAUUCUCACACCUUUUUAGCAAUAUCUUCAUUAGUAAUAACUUCCUGUCCUCUUGUUUUCAUUAUACUGUUACUAAGUUGGUUUCAUUGUUGAAUAAAUGGUUUGAUGGUU